GUCAAUCAUCAAAGUUGUGUCACCGGUGCGAGGAGGAAGGAUAAGGAACUCUCGAUGACAGAAUCUAAACUCUAAAUUGGAAUAAACCUCGUUUGUCCUCAAGUUAUUAGUGAAAAUUUCGCUUAAAAAAGUGAAGUAAUCAACGGCGGGCUUGUAGCCUAUUAAUAAUUGGACGAUACGUAUACGGAGAGUUUGUACGCUACCUUUUACAGCACCGAUGUCAGAUGCGCCAUCUCCAUGCGCGACAGGGUUGCAGUUUUCUGAAGGAGAGUUUUCGUUUUUUGGGGGGGCGACUUGGAGACAAUUAACUUCAUGAUGAGAGAACGAACCUGGGUUUAGGAUUCAAAGACAAGGUUGCUGCCACACCCCUCCCCCCUCUGUGUCCCAUUGGCUACUGUUCCCCAGGGGGUGGGACUCAGUAUGGGUUAAGAGCUGUGAGGCCAGAUUGAGAGGACAGUGAAGCCUGACACACUCCACCUGCCGCACAGGUGGCAAGAGAUCAGAGGUCAUAGCGAGAGGUCAUGGCGGGCCUGAGGAGGAAGCUGAAGUUUCUGGUGACAUUGAUGACGGUCAAUCUCUUCAUCUUCAUCCUAGUGUUCCGAGGAGGAGGAGGACGGGACAAGGGACACAACAAGGUCCUUUUCCCCUCCAAGCGCUUCUGGUCCAAACUGGCUCCAAGUCAGGCCUACUGGAACCGCCAGCAACAGAGACUGGACCUCCAACACAACCCCAUCCUCGCCUCCUCCAAUAGUAACAACACUAGCGCUAAUGAUGUCAGACCUGUCCCUGAUUGGCUCAACGACACGGGGCUGAACCCUGACCCCUGCCAACCGGAUUACAGAGUCACCACUCACGUGAAAGACUACAAUUCCCUACCUCCUCGUUUUAAAGACUUCCUGCUCUACAUGCGCUGUCGGUCGUACCCUCUAGUGGUGGACCAGCCUCACAUCUGCCAAAAGACCCGGAGAGGGGAGCCGCCCUUCCUCCUACUGGCCGUCAAAUCCCUUGCUCCGCACUUUGACCGCCGCCAGGCCAUCCGCCAGUCGUGGGGUCGAGCCGGCGUCCUCGCCAACCAGACGGUUGUCACGGUGUUCCUGCUCGGCAACACCACGGCCGUGGACCACCACCCAGAUCUGUCGGAGAUGCUGCGCUAUGAGAACACUCACCACCGCGACAUCCUGCAGUGGGACUACCGGGACUCGUUCUUCAACCUGACCGUCAAGGAGGUGCUCUUCCUGGACUGGAUGACCACACGCUGCCCUGGAGCUCAGUUCGUCUUCAAAGGGGACGAUGACGUCUUUGUCAAUACGUUGAGGAUCCUGGCCUUCCUCAAGGGCCUCUCGGGGCCCCGGGCAAGGGACCUGUUUGUAGGGGAUGUGAUCACCAACGCGGGGCCAAACAGGGAUAAAAAGGUGAAGUAUUUCAUCCCAGACAGUUUGUUCGUUGGCCAGUACCCGCCAUACGCGGGCGGAGGGGGGUAUCUGUACUCCGGGGACCUGGCCAGGCGGCUGCACAGAGCCUCGCAGCACGUACCUCUCUACCCCAUCGACGACGUUUACACAGGGAUGUGUCUGAGGAAACUGGGGCUGGGGCCACAGAAACAUAAAGGCUUCAAGACGUUUGACAUUGAGGAGAAGUACAGGAGGAACCCGUGUGCCUAUAAGGGUCUGAUGCUGGUACACAGCCGGACACCGCAGGAGAUGAUCCAGAUCUGGGCCUGGCUCAAUGACCCCAACUUGACCUGUCAGUAACUUCCCAGCCCGUCUCCAUUUUGACUUCAGAAACCGGGGACAACAGGUGUCGGUGGCCAUUUUGACUUCAGAAACCGGGGACAACAGGUGUCGGUGGCCAUUUUGACUUCAGAAACCGGGGACAACAAGGUGUCGGUGGCCAUUUUUGAUUUGAGCUGUCAGUAACCAGGGAAGACGGGUGACUUAAACUGUCGGUAACUGCCUGGACCAGACACCACGACAGGCGGCCAUUUUGUUAUGCUGGUUGUUAUAGUAACUCUGUGACAGGUCAGUGGCCACUGUUUUGUGACACUUGGUAGGGUUGUUACAUUCUAAAGGUUAGACACAAUUUUGAGACUUAUUUAAUUUUUUAGGGAGGGAUUAUUACUCUUGGAGGAUCCGUCGAACAUUGGCAGCUUUAAUGUUGUUAUCAUGUUUGUUGAUGUUAGUUAACCGUCUUCAAAGUUGAAUCUUGGAUGAACAUUUCAGGUUUUGAAUCCCAAGAUAAAGAGGGCGUGACUGACGGCGGUACGAUGGCAGACCAACGUGUCUCUGAGCUUUCUAAAUGGUCGUCAUGGCGUUAUGAUGGUCAAGUCUGAUGGACCUUUCAUGAUUCCCCGCUGUGUGUCUGACGGCACAGAGUCUGUACCAUGUUGUAUUAUGAGAAGUUGGAGACAGAGGUGAAUGAGCAGUCUGAUCCCAGAUCUGUUUUGGUGUGAAAAUGACCGUAAGAGUUGGCACAAACUGAUCUGGAACCAGGCUAAUGGAUGAGUGCUCAGCUGGUCUGGGCCGUGUUAGAUAAAGAUGUUUGGUCGUUCCACGAAAUGAGUCCCUCUUGGAGAAUGUAACUUGGGAAAAUAAAUCAAAUAAAAAAGAGCACAUGUUCAACUUUAAAAACAAACACGUUUCCCAGUCUGAAGAGACCUGACUAAUGGACCUGAAUGAUAACACUUUAACACUGUGUGUCUGACAGCACAAAGAGCUUUUCAAAUCUCUAAUCUCUAGAAAUGACUUUGUCAAAGCAACAGAAAUAACUAGGUCUUUACAAUGUUGGUGAAAACCUUUUGGGGUUGAAGUGUCCGUCAACAACUCCUACAUCCAGUUUGGAUUCUUGAAGAAUGUAACUGAUACACCUCUCAUGAGCUCAACUGUCACCCCACACCAGUCCUUGCAUCCAUAGCCCUGUCUGGUUCUUCAGCCCAGUCCCUCAGCUUUUUACCAAAACAGGGGCGGGGAUUCAUUUUUUUUUUUUUUUUUAUUGCUGAUUUCAGCUUUAAGUGGGUUAAAAUCUUGCCAAAAUACUGUUUUUAUGGCACUGUAGCAAGUCUGUUCAUAUUUAAAGUCAGUUUCUGUGGUCUAUAUUAAAGGGCCUGUUUAAAACAGUGUUGGUGCACAGUUGUUACUUAAAUAUCGAAGGGACGCAGAAGAACCGUUUGUGGAACAGCUCUGUUCAGCGUUGCUCCAAGGCCUCCUUGUGAGCCUGACAUCUUCAUUUAACCAAGAAACCGUCAAGCUGAAAUGGCUGGUUAUAUUUUCACAAAGACAACUAUCAUUUUCAUAUCGAACAUCCCCCCCCCCCACCCCCCACCCCGCACAAACUAUAACAAAGAGAAAGCUUGAACCGUAACCAAGGCGAUUGGCUAGGGGGUCAUUCAUGUUCUGCAACGGUGUUCACUGCCCGUUUGCGAGCAGAUCAGAGAAAUACUGUUUUAUUUAUCCACAAUCAUUACUGUUCUUGUCAGAUGGUUUAAAACAACAACAAAAAAAACAUGUCAAAGGUCAAAUCCAGAAUGUUCUGUUCCACCGCUGCCUUAAAGGUUUAUAGGAAGACGCUUUAAGAUUUACUUCAGUUUGUGUCCGAGAAUUUCCGUUAUUGAAAUGUUGAUGUAACUAACAUUUGAUCUCCUCGCAGUGAUCUGCAUCGAGGACGAUCUAGCCUAAAGAGCUGUAUGUUUUUAUAAGGUGUUUAUUUAUCAACUAAUGUAUUCAUCAACUGUCUGCACAACUUCUUAUUGGGUGACAAUUAUAGUAUGUUUUUGUUUAUUUUACUGUUGAAAGAAAUGGAUGUUGAAUAAGUUACAUAUAUAUAUAUAUAUAUAUAUACACACUGUACCCAGGUCAGGAAUGACUUGUCAAUUAACAUUUACAUUUAAGUCAUUUAGCAGACGCUCUUAUCCAGAGCGACUUACAAAUUAAUAUAUCUAUAUGCUGUACGUUAAGGGGCGUUGUGACAGGAAGACGGGCUGUACGUAGAGGGGCGUUGUGACAGACGGGCUGUACGUAGAGGGGCGUUGUGACAGACGGGCUGUACGUAGAGGGGCGUUGUGACAGACGGGCUGUACGUAGAGGGGCGUUGUGACAGACGGGCUGUACGUAGAGGGGCGUUGUGACAGACAGGCUGUACGUAGAGGGGCGUUGUGACAGACGGGCUGUACGUAGAGGGGCGUUGUGACAGACGGGCUGUACGUAGAGGGGCGUUGUGACAGACGGGCUGUACGUAGAGGGGCGUUGACAGACGGGCUGUACGUAGAGGGGCGUUGUGACAGACGGGCUGUACGUAGAGGGGCGUUGUGACAGACGGGCUGUACGUAGAGGGGUGUUGUGACAGGAAGACGGGCUGUACGUAGAGGGGCGUUGUGACAGACAGGCUGUACGUAGAGGGGCGUUGUGACAGACGGGCUGUACGUAGAGGGGCGUUGUGACAGACGAGCUGUACGUAGAGGGGCGUUGUGACAGACGGGCUGUACGUAGAGGGGCGUUGUGACAGACAGGCUGUACGUAGAGGGGCGUUGUGACAGACAGGCUGUACGUAGAGGGGCGUUGUGACAGACAGGCUGUACGUAGAGGGGCGUUGUGACAGACGGGCUGUACGUAGAGGGGCGUUGUGACAGACGGGCUGUACGUAGAGGGGCGUUGUGACAGACGGGCUGUACGUAGAGGGGCGUUGUGACAGACGGGCUGUACGUAGAGGGGCGUUGUGACAGACAGGCUGUACGUAGAGGGGUGUUGUGACAGGAAGACGGGCUGUACGUAGAGGGGUGUUGUGACAGACAGGCUGUACGUAGAGGGGCGUUGUGACAGACAGGCUGUACGUAGAGGGGCGUUGUGACAGACGGGCUGUACGUAGAGGGGCGUUGUGACAGACAGGCUGUACGUAGAGGGGUGUUGUGACAGGAAGACGGGCUGUACGUAGAGGGGCGUUGUGACAGGCUGUACGUAGAGGGGCAGGAAAACCGGUCAUUGGCUCUGUCUUAAUAAUAAUAUUUGUAACAUGCAAAUACACAUCUGAGCCUCAUUCAGUCUGCAGUUAAAAACGUUGUGGAGCGUUGCAGACAAUAUCAUGAACAGAGCUUUGUGAUUCCUCAUCCUGCAGGUCAGAGAGGCAUGUUAGUUCUACAAAAAAUAUAUCUGAACAUUCCACAACAGUGUGUGCUGCUGAACGCAGCCGUGUUGUUUACAAUUAAUCUGCCACAUUGAUAAUGAUCCAUUCCCCCUGGGGGUGGGGGGCGCGUUCAGCAAGACACAAUGUUUGGGAACGUUCAGAUAGAAAUAUGCUCUGUAGAACAAACAUGCCUCUGACCUGUAGAAUAAGGAAUCAUGUUGGCUUUAUUUCUGGUGUUUCUAUCUGCAACGUUUUGGCUGUUGAACGUGGCCCUGGGGUUCUAUUGUUGUAACCAGGAAGUGGGCAGGAAACAGUGAGGGCAGGGCCUCUGCUUCAAAGAGGGCGGAAGUCAGUCUCCAAAGACCUCUCUGUUAGACUGUCUAAUGUGUACAAUAAAAGAGUUGGUGCUGUUUUAUUGAAAACAGUGAAUCUGAUCAACCGUUUUAUGUUCACAGUUUGCAGCAAAACAAAUCUUAACCCCGAUUUCAUUGCAACCUCAUAGAGACACGCCUCCAUAAUUCUGCUGGAACCAAUGAAAUGACUCCCCUUUUUGCCUGGGUCAGUGUACAGGGCCGUAUUCCUCUAGUCACCCUGAAGACUCUUCCUUCAGUCCUUUCUUGGUGAUUAAUAUCUGGUCUGUCGUGUGGUUGUUUUCCCUCCAUCACAUCUCUGUCAACAGACCCUGUCAAAUCAGAACCAUAAGGAAGGAAGGAAGGAAGGAAGGAAGGAAGGAAGGAAGGAAGGAAGGAAGGAAGGGUUUUGAGGCAUUUGUAGAAAAUCGAACCGGGCUGAAGACCUGGUACAGCCUAAUGGUGCUGAGUGUACUCUGAACUGUACUGGUCCAAUAACUUUUGGAACGUAAACCUAAAUUGUUCAAAGCUAUUUUCAAUGGUGUACCCUAAUGAACACGCCUCAGAAGUGUAAGAUAAGAAGCUCACAUGAGUUUUUCCUAGGAAAUUAUGGGGCGUGAUACUAGUUAUCCCAGCCAUAAAGUCGUUAACCCUGUCCAUUUCUUCAAUUCAUCUUCUUAAAAUGUUAUUUUAAACCUUCACCACACUGCUAACCUUAUGCCUAACCGUAACCACACUGCUAACCUUAUGCCUAACCUUUUUAAAUUAACACCAAAAAUAAAAAAUGUUAUUUUGAUGAAUUUUUACGAUCUCGACAAUUGACUUUGACUCCGUAAAAAAUCUCCUAGGAAAAAACAAAUAUGCAAGCAGUCAUUUUGAAUUCCUGUUUCCCUGGCGUCCAUUGGGACUGUAGCUCUCAGCACCAGUCAAACCAAACACAGUGCCAGGAUGUCGUCCACGCAUGUCCUGUCAGGUGGAGAAUGUUUACAUGUGUAAAUGUGUACAUAAUGUAUAUUAUUUAGAAUCCUGAUGGAAGUCUGCUGUGUCGGUCUGAGUCGAGCUGCAUUACACUUUCAGUAUAUCACAUUGUUAUUUAUCUGACUGAGGCUGAAAUUCAGGCACUUGGUGACUUCCUGUUAAUAUCUCUACUGUUAUGUCUAAUAUCGCCUCUGUUUCUCGUCUCGCGUCUCUUUGGUCACCUGUCCGGUUUUUCCAAGGCCUUGAUCAAAGAUGAACAUUAAUUCAUUCUCCUCAUUUCUGUUUGAAUGUAAAAGUAUUCCUCUAUUGCCACACAACUGAACAAAAAAUAUAAACGCAACAUGUAAACACAAAAAUACGUUAGGCGGCUUAUGGUAGAGAUAUUUACAUUCAAUUCUCAGCUGUGGUGGACAUUCCUGCAGUCACCAUGCCAAUUGCACGCUCCCUCAACUUGAGACGUCUGUGGCGUUGUGUUGUGUGACAAAACCACACAUUUUAUAGUAGCCUUUUGUCCCCAGCACAAGGUGCACAUGUGUAAUGAUGAUGCUGAUUUUAAUCAGCUUCUUGAUAUGUCACACCUGCUAGCUGGAUGGAUUAUCUUGGCAAAGGAGAAAUACUCACUAACAGGGAUGUAAACGAAUUUGUGCACAAAAUGAGAGAUUUCAGGGAUCUUUUAUUUCAGCUCAUGAAACAUUGCACCAAUACUUUACAUGUUGCAUUUAUAUUUUUGUUCUGUAUACAUAUUGGUACUCUACAUAUUUAGAGUGUUGUCUAUUUUCAAUGGUCCAAACCCUUGAUUCCCUUGGUUAUGAAACAUUUCAAAAUCAUCAAUCACAUUAUUGUUGAUGUCCUCUCUCCUGACCAUAACAUUCCUGGAAUCUGAUGGAAUUGUGUAUGACUUCGUGUUGCAAAAUUCCAGUAACUUUUCCCCAAAUUCUCUAGAAAUCCAGGUUGGCUCAAUCAAGGAACAAGGAAGAAAUCUAGCGUCUUCCAACCAGGAUUCCUGGAAAACCGGGAAUAUGGGGGAAAGUUACCCGAAAUGUAUUUUUAUUAUAAAACAAGUUUUGCAACACGACGACUUGAUUUAGACACAUUCUGCACAGUGGAGAUAUCUAUAUAUUAUAUACCAACACAUGCCGUUUUGUUUCUUGUUACCCAUUUAAGUCUGUUUCAUUUGUUUUUCACCUGUGGUGUCUCAGAGCCGUGCCAUGUGUGGUUCUUUUGCUAUGACUAGAUUUUCCAAUAAAGAAUAUUUUGCUGUU